GGAUCUACUCCACAAGCACAGGCUUUAGCAAGAACUGUUUCAUCAAAAUUAUAUGACUUAAAAUCAAAAGUGCAAAAUGCAUUGGUUAACAAGGUUGUGGAAGAUUUUAUAGAUAUUGGUACACCAUUAAAACAGUUUACUGAAGCUGUAUUAGCUGUUGAAGGAACUCCAAACAGAGAAGAAACUUUUCAAGAGAAAGCUCGAGCAUUAGCUGAAUAUUCACAGAAACUGGCCAGAACUGCUCGUAGUGUUGCAUCUGGAAGUACAGCAAACAAAAAAGUUGCCGAAGCUUUAUUGGCAUCUACUCAUCAGUUGGAAAGUCUUACACCACAGCUUGUAAGUGCAGGCCGAAUUAGAAUGUCUUAUCCUGAAAAUAAGGCUGCUGAUGAACAUUUUGAAAAUUUAAGAAAGCAGUAUUCUGAGACAAUGCAAAAGAUGCGCCAAUUGGCAGAUGAAGCUACAGACACCGUUAGCUUUAUAAAAGCAACAGAGGAUUGUAUUAAACAACAUACUAAUUCAUGUGAAGAUGCCAUUGUUCAUCAUGUCCCACAACAGAUGGUAGAUAACACUUCAAGUAUUGCCCGUUUAGCAAAUAGAGUUUUAAUGGUUGCUAAACAAGAAUCAGAUAAUUCAGAAGAUCCGCAUUUUGUUUCGAAAGUUAAUAUAGCUGCUGAUCAACUUCAAUCAAGUGUGACACCAAUGGUGCAAGAUGCAAAAUCUGUUACAUUGGACAUGAAUAAUCAAAUGGCCAUAUCACGUUGGAGAGAUUCAAAUAAGGCGUUAAUAACAGCUGUAGGUCAAGUAAGACAGGCUGUAACUGUGACACCAGAGGAACCACCUAUACCUCCUCCACCAGAUAUGAGUUCUCUUAAUCUAGAUGUUGCUCCUCCACGUCCGCCUUUACCUAAUACUGAGGACUUAGCUCCUCCAAGACCACCUCUGCCAGAAACAGAUGAUGAAUUUGAAGCUCACUUUCCUUCUCCUCUUCCAAAUCAACCCAUCAUGUUAGCAGCACACGGUCUUCAUCAGGAAGUCAAACAAUGGUCUAGUAAAGAUAAUGAAAUAAUUGCAGCUGCCAAAAAGAUGGCAUUACUGAUGGCUAAACUUAGUCAACUAGUCAGAGGAGAAGGAGGAUCCAAGAAAGAUCUCAUUGCUUGUGCUAAAUCCAUUGCCGAAGCUUCAGAAGAAGUAACUCGUUUGGCAAAAGAACUUGCACGCAUGUGCACUGAUAAACGAAUGAGAACUAAUAUUCUCCAAGUAUGUGAAAGAAUUCCUACUAUUGGAACUCAACUACGCAUCUUAUCCACAGUGAAAGCAACAAUGCUAGGAGCUCAAGCACCUAUAAUUACUCCAGAUGGGAGCCAAAUUAUUUGUGGAACUGAAGAAGACCAAGAAGCCACAGAUAUGUUAGUUGGCAAUGCUCAAAAUCUCAUGCAGUCAGUAAAAGAAACAGUUCGAGCUUGUGAAGCAGCAUCUAUUAAAAUCCGUACUGAUUCUGGAAUCAGAGUACGCUGGGUCCGUAAACAACCUUGGUAUCAAUAUUAAUGAAAAACAUAUUUUGAACAAAUCAAAAACUUUAUAAACGUUAAAAGAAUAAUGUAAAUUGAUUAUGAUAUUAGAGGAUGCUUCUAUAAAAUUUUAAUAUGGAAUUUAACUAAAAACAUUAUAUCAGUAUAACUGACUUAAAAAUUGUUAUCAGCUGAAUAAUACUUAUGUAACUCAGAAUCGAAUAUGGCUGUGACAGUGAAUAAUGCCAAAAUUGGUUGUGGUUUUAAUGUCUUUAUUUACAAUCUGCUUGUUGAUUUAUUUACAUAUUCAAUAUUUUGAGUCAGCAUUUAUAUAUUUGCUUUAUACAUAUUAUUUGUUUAAAAUUAAUUUAUAAUUAUAUUAUUUUUGC